AUGAGUGCUAUUUUAAGCGAAAGGGAUAUUAAAAUAUUUAAAAGUAAUGUAGUUUCAGGACUUUUUGAUGGAGUUAUAUUUGGAAUAUGUUUUGGAGGUGUUUAUGGACCUGUUGCUUUAUACUAACCUGGAAUAUAAAACUUAGCAUAUAAGAGAUCUAUAUAUAAAUACAUAGGAAAAUCAAUAAUUAAAGGUGCACCAUUAGUAGCAAUUACUAGAUGCGUUGGAGAUAUUUGUGAUAGUUAAUAAAUAGGACCAGUAGGGAAAGGGUUAAUUACAUUUUCAGUAGCUAUUGCAUAUCUUAGCCUGACAAAAUUCCCUUGA